CUGAAGGUUUCCAAACGCAGACUACUUCGUAGUUUUUUAACACCGGCGCAAGUUGUUUGUCCGCUUGGAAUCUUGUUUUUGAGUAUUCAAUAUACCAUCUAAUUCCGUCAUGAAUUCUUCAACUGUUGUAUUAUUACUUACCGUAUUCCUGGUUGCUUUGUCGAUAUCUACCUCCGUUGUUAACGCAGGUGAAGAAAAAGAAGAAAAAGAGAGUAAAGAAAGCGGAGAGAAGAAAGAAGAGAAAAAAGAAGAAAAGGAAGGGAAGGAAGGGAAAGAGGAAAGGAAGGAAGCUCGGAAAGUGGAGAAAAAGACUCUAAAGGAGGAGCCAUGUCAAUGUAUUGCACCAGUGCCCUUUCCACUGUCAUCUCAUUAGCAUUAUUCAGCGUAAUUAUGUCCAUCCAUUGACCAAAUUCGGUAAGUGGUACGAAUUUAUUAUA